AAAGGACAUUAGGUCCUGGCUGGGAGAAUGUUUGAAAUGGUGUCCGACAUCUUUACAUCAUCUUGCUGCUGCUGAAAGUAAAGUGUUGAAAUAUGUGAAAGGGAGAUUGGAGAGAUUCUACGUCCCCAUCUCUAGCGGCAGACGGAUAUGGACCCUAAAGGUGGGCUCCCACAAGCCAGACGCUCUCCCCAUCGUGAUGGUUCACGGAUACGGUGCCGCAGCAGGCUUCUUCUUCUUGAAUUUCGACUCCCUCGCCGAGCACCGCGAAGUCUACGCGUUCGACAUACUUGGCUUCGGACGGAGUUCUCGGUACGAGUUUAGCACAAAGGCAGACGUCACGGAAGAGGAGUUCGUGAGUUCUAUCGAAGAGUGGAGGAGCAGUGUAGGUCUGGAGAAGUUCGUCCUGAUGGGUACGAGUUUUGGCGGUUUUCUGGCGGCCUCCUACGCUAUCAAACACCCCGGGAGGGUCACACACCUGGUGCUGGCAGACCCCUGGGGAUUCCCUGAGAGGACGGAACAGGCUGCGAAGGAGUUACGGAAACAGGAUGAAGCUUUGUUGUUCUUGUUGCAGAUGUCAUUCUGGAUGAAGAUUGUUUGUCCCUUGAUGUCACAUUUCAACCUCCUGGCGCCAUCGAGAGUUGCAGGACCAUUGGGUCCACAGCUUCUGCGGUGGGCACGGCCAGAUAUAAGAAACAAGUUUGCGGACGGGUUUCAGGACAACACCGUCAUUGACUACCUCUAUCACUGCAUUGCACAGCCACCAAGUGCAGAGACGGCAUUCAGGCACUUACAAAAUGGCGGCUGGGAGUGGGCUAAGAACCCCAUGCUCCCCCGCCUGUACAGUUUGGACCCGGAUGUGCCUAUCACAUUCAUCUACGGGACCGACACAUGGAUGGACAGCAAGACUGGGGAACAGGCGGCCAUUUUACGGAAAGGCUCAUCUGUGGACACAAUUUACAUUAAGAAUGCUGGGCACCACAUGUACGCGGAACAACAUGGCGACUUUAACAGGGAGUUGGUGAGAAUAUGCAAACAUGCGGAUAAAAAAAAGAACAUCAUCUGUCCGUGUCGACAGUGAAAAUAUCAUCAUGUUACUAGUUAAAGAGAUUGGUUGCUUGAGAUUCAAUGAAAGAUCGUAUGGCAACCAUGUACAAUGGAACGAGCAGCGCACAGUGAAACAAGAAAUUAGAAAGGGCAUUUAAAACUUCUAGGAAGCAUUUCCCAAGCCAGCCACCCAAAACAAUACUUCCGUACUUGGAAGUACAUAUACAACAUCCACUAUGAUGGGUUAUUGUGAACAUGCACCUGGCCUAUGCCUUCCUUGUUGUUGUUCCUCUCUUGCAAACGUAAGACUCUAACGAACUAUUCAUCACUUUUGGGGGAUGCCUUGAUACAUAUAGAUAAUAUGUAACACCUAACAUUAACGACACAGUCUAUCUAUUUAGUUAUCAUACCAUCUAGUUAGUAUAAAUACAAGGAUGUUGGAAAGUAGUAUCUAAUUUCAAAAUGGUUCAUGAUAUACUUCUUCUGCUUUGGACUGUCAGUAAUGUUGUUUACACGCGAAUGCUAUAAGUAGGACUCCUA